UUUAGUGUACAUAUGCUAAUAUUUUUAGAAAAACCUAAUUAAAUAAAACGUACACCUGUAAAUUGCGAGAAGUAAGUGUUCUUAACAGAAAGUAAAUCAAAAUCGUUUAAAGAAAUGCACAAAAAACCUUAUAAAUCCGGCGACAACAUGACCAUGUUGAGUAAGAAACUUUCAUGGCUGCUAAGACAUGGAGCUGUUCAAGAAGGUCUGCCUAUACAAAGCAAUGGUUUCAUAAAUGUUGCGGAUAUACUGCAACAUCCUAAAUAUAAGAAUUGUUUCAGUUUGAAUGUUUUACAAAAGUUGGUAGAAGAUGAUGGGAAACAACGUUACACUAUGAGACUGAAUGCGGAAAUGGGAGGUUAUGAAAUCCGUGCAAAUCAAGGUCACACUUUGAAGGAGGUAGAGGAAGAUAAAUGUCUUAAACAGAUUUUAUUAGCGGAAGAGGUGCCUUUAGCAGUGCAUGGCACCUACUUAAGACAUUGGUCGACUAUAAAGCGUGAAGGUUUAAGAAGAAUGUCUAGAAAUCAUGUGCAUUUUGCUACCUCAGAUGCUAGAGCCGAUAACAUCAGUGGUUUUCGUAGUGAUUGUCAGGUGUUGAUAUAUUUAAAUGUAAAAAGUGCUUUGGAUUCAGGACUACUUAAACUCUAUCGCUCCGAUAAUAAUGUUAUACUGUGCAGUGGUCUGCAGGAUGGCUCUAUACCGCCAAAAUAUUUCGAUAAAGUUAUUGAACGCCGCACUGGGAAAUUGCUGGUUUUUUAAUUUAUUACUUAUUAAUUUGAUCAAUAAAACUUUAGUCAUAUUGAUAUUUCUUAACAACUUUCAA